AUGUACAGAUCCGCGAGCUGGAACCGCGUGACUGAGGAUUACUCGGUGCCUUGGUCUGCGCCAAAGGGAUUGUGGAAAGGGUUAGACGAAGACGAGUCGGCUUUAUACGAUCCUACCAGCCAGGAGGUGACCAAGAAGGGGAAGUCACGAGCCAAGUUUGCUGAAAAUGCCGUUCACAUAAUCCCUUUUGUUCUUCUUGCUUGUGCUCUCGUCCUUUGGUUUUCUUCUAAUCCAGAUUUGGAUGUUGGGGUGAAAGGAGAAUCGAUUGCGGCUAGGAUCGAAGGAUUAACGAUCGAAGGAGAUAUUGACAAUGACAGCGACGGAACUCAGACCGGAUUCUUAGGUGCCGCCGUGGAGGUCGGAGAUUCAAACAAGCCGAAAUUAAAAAACGGCGUUAAUAAGCGUCACCGGAGGAUACAAACUUCAAGGAAAAUGGUGAAAGGGUUUUAUUAG